AUGCACAUCACCACAGCAUACACUCAUUUUUACAACAAGACCCGUCUCGACAAGGCCAGCGAGUCUGCCGCGGCCGUAUGUGUUGAGAAUCUUUCUACAUGGGCCGAAGCACUUCAAGAGAUCAGGACAUGGCCGGAAUACACACCACAACCCUUGCACUCACUUCCUUAUCAGGCAAAGCAACUUGGCAUAAGUAAACUUUUCUUCAAGGACGAGAGCAAGCGCUUUGGUACCUCUCUUGGAUACUUCAAAGCACUCGGUGCUCCAUACGCUGUCUUCAGGAUCUUGGCCGAGCAGGUAUUCUCACAGACCGGCACCAGGCCUACAUCAGAGGAGCUUCGAACUAGCAAGUACAAACAUAUCACGCAAAAGGUCACUGUCUGUGUCGCCACAGAUGGAAACCAAGGUCGAGGGCUUGCCUACGGUGCCAAGAUCUUUGGCUGCCGCUGUGUCGACUACAUCCACAACCAUGUUAGUGAGGGGCGGGCACAAAUGAUGAAGGAUCUAGGCGCCAUCGUUAUUCGCAUCGAUGGUGAAUAUGAUGCCUCUGUCGAGAGAGCCAAGGAGGAUGCGCGAAUGAAUGGAUGGCAUUUUGUUAGUAGUACCUCAUGGAGCGAUUUUGAUAAUGGUAUUCCCCAGGAUGUUAUGAACGCCUACAUGGUCGUCGUGGAAGAGGCGCUCCAAAUGGUACCUGCUGUGGAGGAAAUCACGCACGUCUUCGUUUGCGGUGGUGUUGGCAGUAUCGCCGCGGCCGUAUUUCUGGGAUUCUUCACCCACUACUCUCAAAUUCAAGAGGCCCGCGGAGCCAAGGCAUUGAAUCCUCCCAGAUUCAUCGUGGUUGAGCCUAUAGAGGCGGACUGCUUGUAUCAAAGCGCAAAGAAGGGAGAGAUGUGUCUAUCGGAAGGAAGUCUUCGCACGCUAAUGGCUGGCUUGGCAUGCCGUGGCCUCUCUCCAGCAGCUUGGAAGGUCCUGAUAUGGCUUACAAGCGACUUCGUCGCAGUCCCCGAUGAAGUCGCAGUCGAAGGCAUGAAGGAAUUAGCGAGCGGGCAAGGGGGCGAUAUUCCUGUAGUUUGUGGAGAGAGCUCGGCGGCCAACAUGGGUGUAGUGCUCCAAGCCGCCAACGAUGAAACACUCCGCGACAAACUGGGACUUGAUAGCAACAGCCAAGUCGUUUUAUUUGGACUGGAGGGAGCGACGGAUCCUGUGAUCUACAAGGAGCUUGUCGGCAAGUCUCCCGAGGAGGUAUUUGCAGCUCAGCAGGCUUCCUCCAGACUGUAG